AUGUCCGCAUCCACAACCUCCGUCUUCCAAGCCUCCCUCCUCCCCCUCAGUGCUGUCCAACUCGGCCGCCUAAUCGUCAACAUCAAAGCCCCGCACGAAGAAUACGUCGAUCCCCCCACCCCCAGCCCCCCAGAAAUCACCAAAAACCCGCAACACAACUUCACCGAGCUCCGCACCUCCUCCAACGCCUUCAAGCUGCGCGGGCGGCUCACACAGCUCCUCAGCGCCUCCUACGAGCACGAGUCGAAGCACCAGAUCGACCUCUCCGCAAAGAUCGCAUACACCUACGCACUGUGCAACAGCCGCACAUGGUUCGAGGCCGCGUGCGCGCACCACUCUAUCCGGCAGUGGCUGCAGGGCGCGAUUGAGGACGGCGACAGCGUGUAUUUGGUGACGGGGUACCACACGGUUGUUGAUGCGCGGUUCGGCACGGGGGUGAGCAGCACGAGCAUGGAUCGCCAGCAGGUUAGUAUGCCGAUCGAUGCGACGGGGUUGCCGGGUGUGCAGGGGAUGGAUAUGACGGCGGGGUUGGACACGACUCAUAAGUUGUGUCGCGGGUUUGCGAGGACCUUUGAGGCGCCGGGGGAGCAGGUGUAUGCGUUACAGUAUCGGAAGGUUGUGUUUAGGUGGUUUAGUAGUAAGAAGAUUGAGAAGGCGACGCUGAAGGAGAAUCAGUGGAGGGUGUAUGCUGGACGGGGAUCAGCGGAUAGGAAUGACUCUAAUAGUAGUGAUAUCGUAGAGGCGAGCUUAGGCGGGUUAGAAGGGGAUGACCUGUCGGAUGAUGGGAGUGAUGAAGAAGAGGAGGAUGAUGAGUUGGGGGAGAGAUGGGUGAGCAAGGAUGGUGAAAGCGUUUGGGUAUUAUAG